CGCACUCGUUUCAAGUUAUACGGUACUCUAUUGAGUACUUUCGAGUAGUAAAGUAAGAGUGAUCGUAGUAUACACACAGAGGGAAUGAAACGGCCAAACAGUGAUAAUAAUAUGGUUUUCGAUAAACAUCUAAGUGCUGAUACAACCAUUCCUACAACUUCAAGAAGCUCUGAAAGCGCUAAAGACUGUAGGAAACGGAAAGCUCUUCGAAUUCAGUAUCUGGCUGAAAGUGUAAGACUACGCGAAUUGACCGUUAUUAGGAUGAAACGUGAUAUUGACAAGUUGCUCGAGUUAUGUCAGUAUAUAGAUCAAGGUGAAGUGCCUACAUCACUUCUAGACAAAUGCGGAAUAUCUAUAUAGACUGCUGUCAGUCGUCACUAUAUCUACAUUAUCUACCUAAAAGUUUCCUCAUAUUGCCACAACAUUCCCGUUGUUUAUGUCUUCUCACAUUUUGAUAUGUUCUGAGUUUUUUUCUCUAAUACGCAGAAUUUUAAUCUGUCGAGAUGUAGAUGCUUUGAAACUGACUUUCUUUGAGUAUUUACUUAAUUAUACUUAAGAACAAGAGCAUUUUCAGAUAAUAACCUUUUAUUUCAUCUCUAUUAUUGUUAUUGAUUUCAGUUUGAUCAUGAUUUAGUAAGUUUAUCUUUUAAUUAGGUUCUAAAAUUUCUUUACUUGGCUCUCAUCAACUACUUGUUUGUAUCCCUUGUACGAUGAAGUAUCUGUAUUGAGAUUAUUUACUACAAAUUUUUUUUAGAGAUCUGAAUUGCAGUUGUAUGUUCUAUUUGUUCACUCUAAAUAAAGCUGUAUUGCAUUUCGAGAAUUAGUUAUUAAGUCAUAGAAGUUUCUGUUGUAGUUUGUGAAGUUCUGGUUAGUCACAUUUAGACAUUCAACUGUCAACUAGUUGAUUACUUGCCUGAACUUCAUCCUAUCUGCUGAAGUUUUGAUAGUAGGGUAGUGUUAUUACUAACUGUUAUCCAAGAGUUGAAAAUGAUACCCUAGUGCAUGAACUUACUUUACAUGAGUGAG